AUGGACUCAUACUACGUGUAUGGCCAGUCGUCUCAACAGGCAGUCCCGGCGGCGUACAGGCCAUCCAAGCCUGAGGACUGGGAGCCCUACCACGACAUCAUCGCUCACCUGUACAACACCUUGAACAUGAAGCUGAAGGAUGUCAUGUCCGAGAUGCAGGGGACUUACAACUUCAAGGCGACGUCGGUACCCUAUGACAUCCCAGCCGAGAAGCAGUACAAGACGCAACUGAAGAAGUGGAAUCUCGACACCAAGUACAUCAAGGCGUCCGAGUACAUGUUCAUGAUCAAGACCAUGAGGGAGCGGCAAGCCGAGAACCCGCCCAGGGAGACACGCUUCGUGCUCCGAGGAAGGGCGGUGGAUCCCAAGGACAUCGCCCGGUUCGAGAAGCGGGCCCAGAAGAAGGGCACCAUGCGGGACGGGGAUCCGAUUGAGUGCGAUGAACCUGUUGAGGACUUGGUGUAUGGCACACCCCCUCCUGAGGAAGCAUCCUACCAUCAGGCAGCCUACGCAGAUGCCUAUGCCGCCUACCAAUACGACCCUUCGACAGACUACUCGGCAGACUACUCGGCAGACUACUCGUACUCGUACUGAGAGCCUCGGGGCCACCGGGCCUUGAUUAGGCCGGGCCCGGCUUACAACAUCACAGUCACAACGAUCGAUUUCAACUCGACUCCAUGAUAGAAUGGAGCGACAGCGCGUCUUAUACAUCAGCAUGUGGAUUUCAACUUUUCAAGAUGUAACAACAAUAACGACCGGAUUCAGGACCGCACGGUGCGGUGGGGAUGGGAACGGAUUACACACAUAGAUUUCUUUUUCGGGCGCCCUUGGAGGAGUUUCUUUGUUUUCUUUUUUUCUUUUUUUGACCGUUUCAAGUUCCAGGUUCCAACGAUUAGUUUUCAUGUAUGAUUCUAGACGGAGCACAUGCUUAUGCUCAAUAUACCCCGUUGUUUCUUUGAGGACAACCUCU